GGCCGGCCCCGCACCCCGCCAGCCGAGGCCCGGAAGGGGCCCGUCGCGCUUCCGUCUCCGCCGGGGCUGCACGGAGGGCGGAGCUGCGGCCCGAGGACGCGACGCGAGCCCAGUUCCGGCGAGGAGGCCGCGCCAGUGACAGCGAUGGCGGCGGAGUCGGCGCUCCAAGUUGUGGAGAAGCUGCAGGCGCGCCUGGCCGCGAACCCGGACCCGAAGAAGCUAUUGAAAUAUUUGAAGAAACUCUCCACUUUGCCCAUUACAGUAGACAUUCUUGCGGAGACUGGGGUUGGGAAAACAGUAAAUAGCUUGAGAAAACACGAGCAUGUUGGAAACUUUGCCAGGGAUCUAGUGGCCCAGUGGAAGAAGCUGGUUCCUGUGGAAAGAAACAUUGAGUCUGAUGAACAGGACUUUGAGAAGAGCAAUUCCCGGAAGCGCCCUCAGGAUGCCCUUCAGAAGGAGGAGGAGAUGGGGGGCGACUACCAAGAAAACUGGAAAGCCUCUGGUAGCCAUUCCUACAGCCCUGACCACAGACAGAAAAAACACAGAAAACUGUCAGAGCUAGAGAGACCUCACAAGGUGUCUCACAGUCAUGAGAGGAGAGAGGAGAGAAAGAGGUGUCACAGAGUGUCACCGGCUUACUCUUCAGACCAUGAAUCUUCUGAUUACGGCCACGUUCAGUCCCCUCUGUCUUCUGCCAGUCCUCAUCAGAUGUACGUGGACCAUUACAGAUCCCUGGAGGAGGACCACGAGCCCAGUGUUCCACACCAGAAGCCUGGAAAAGGCCACAGUAAUGCCUUUCAGGACAGACUGGGGGUCAGUCAUGAACGACACCUGGCUGAACCCCAGGGGAAAGGGGUUGUGAAUCAAAACAAGGAGCACAAGUCUUCCCACAAGGAAAAACGCUCCAUGGACGCCAAGAGUGACGAGAAGUCCUCUGCUCUGAGCAGAGAGAAAUCCCACAAGGCCCUUUCUAAAGAAGAGAACCGAAGGCCACUCUCAGGGGACAGUGCAAAGGAGAAACCGCCCUCUAGUGUUGUAAAGAAAGAGAAGGAAAGAGAGGGCAGCAGCCUCAAGAAGAAGUUUGUACCCUCCUCAGAGGCUGCUUCAGACAACCACCUUAAAAAGCCAAAGCACAGAGACAUGGAGAAAACCAAAUCAGACAAGAACAAGCAAGGUCUGGACAGCUUAGACAUAGGAAAAGGGGCAGGAGACCUGUUGCCCAAGGUAAGAGAGAAGGUUUCUAACAACCUGAAGGCUCAAGAAGGGAAAGCAAAGACCUCUAAUUCAGAGAGAAAGUCUCUGGGCCGCCUCCCUAAAGUUGACGAGGCAGAUUUGGAUGAUGAAUUUGAGCAGCCCACCAUGUCGUUCGAGUCUUACCUCAGCUAUGACCAGCCCCGGAAGAAAAAGAAAAAGACUGUGAAAACUUCAGCCACAGCAUUUGGAGGAAAAGGACUUAAAAAAAGUGAUUCUAAAAGCACUAGUAAAAACUUGGACUCGGUUCAGAAGUUACCUAAGGUGAAUGAAAACAAGUCAGAGAAGCUGCAGCCGGCUGGAGCCGAUUCAGCCAAGCUAAGAAAGGUCCCCACUGAGGCAUUGCCAGUGUUGCCAGACCUCCCGUUACCCAUGAUUCAGACCAAUUACCGUCCACUUCCUUCCCUCGAAUCGAUGUCCUCCUUCCAACCAAAGCGAAAAGCAUUCUCUUCACCCCAGGAAGAAGAAGAAGCUGGAUUCACUGGACGCAGAAUGAAUUCCAAGAUGCAGGUGUAUUCUGGUUCCAAGUGUGCCUAUCUCCCCAAGAUGAUGACUUUGUACCAGCAAUGCAUCCGAGUACUUAAAAAUAACAUUGAUUCAAUCUUUGAAGUAGGAGGAGUCCCAUAUUCUGUUCUUGAACCCAUUUUAGAGAGGUGUACACCUGAUCAGCUCUAUCGCAUAGAGGAAUAUAAUCACGUAUUAAUUGAAGAAACAGAUCAAUUAUGGAAAGUUCAUUGUCACCGAGACUUUAAGGAAGAAAGACCGGAAGAAUAUGAGUCGUGGCGGGAAAUGUACCUGCGGCUUCAGGAUGCCCGAGAGCAGCGGCUACGAGUAUUAACGAAGAAUAUCCAAUUUGCACAUGCCAAUAAGCCCAAAGGCCGAAGAGCAAAGAUGGCCUUUGUCAACUCUGUGGCCAAGCCACCUCGUGAUGUCCGAAGGAGGCAGGAGAAGUUUGGAACAGGAGGAGCAGCAGUCCCUGAGAAAGUCAAGAUUAAGCCAGCCCCGUACCCCACAGGAAGCAGCCAUGCUCCUGCCAGCAGUGGCAGCAGCAACAGCUUUAACCCCAGCCCCGAGGAGCCGGCCUAUGAUGGCCCAAGCACCAGCAGUGCCCAUUUGGCACCGGUGGUCAGCAGCACUGUUUCCUAUGAUCCUAGGAAACCGACUGUGAAGAAGAUUGCCCCGAUGAUGGCCAAGACGAUUAAAGCUUUCAAGAAUAGAUUCUCCCGACGAUAAACUGAGGACUUGCCUUGGAGAUGGAAUUGGGGGUGGCAGGAAUACAAAGACAAUGGGAGUUGUGGAAUGGAACUUCCAAAGGAGACUGGAAUUUUUUGCUUUAUGGAAACUUUUGGUCUCUGAAUCCUGCACAGUUUGCUGGUGUUUCCCCCGCGAACCUGCGUGCCACAGCCCCUGCCCCUGCCUGGAGCACACUUCAGAAUUCUGAAGAAGAUGUGAAGCCUCAGUCUCACUGAGGAUUUUAAGGUCAAUUAUACUUUUGUUGUUAAUUAGCUUCUUUGUAAACUAUAAGACAUAGUUUUAAUUAAUAAAUAUUGCCCCCAGAUUGUA